CAUAGAGUGACAAAAUAACGGAUACCUUGGUACAUACUGGUGUCGAUUUUGAGUGGGUUCUCUAAACUUAAACUUAAAUUUUACAACAGUGUAUCCUUGUCAUUCCCUAUACAGAAUGAAAAGAUGAUACUAAUGUUAAAUUUAGUUUUAGUUUAAAAAAAAGUGCCAAAAUAGAUACCAUUGUCGCUUUUUCGUUUCAUUUAGUCUGAAGAAGUUUUCACAUCAAUAAUAAAUAUAAAGAUUCAAAAACAUCCCCUGAAAAAUAUAUAACACCUAAAAAUUUCCCAUCCUUCUAAAUUAUUCCCUAUAUUUAAGGUGAAAACCCUUAAGUUGGGAACCUUGUGAGGAGAUAAACAUUGACAUGGAGGGAGAUGCUCUAUAGUCUGUGAAUGUGGUCUUGUCUAAAUUACGAUAAAAAAUAGUGAGUAAUUUUGGAAUUAAUGUUUUAAAUAGCGUAAGUUUACCAUUGUUGUUUAUUAAUUUGUUAAAAUGAUAAUUCGAAUUUAGCCGACUUGAUUGUGAAGAUAAGCAAUGUGAUAAUGAGAUAGUUUGGAAAAGACGGAUUACCGUGUUAGCGCAAAAAAAUACACGGGAACAAGUAUUUCCAUCCCUGUUGUAUCGAAAACAAGGGUGGAUACUUACAGGCACACAUUUAAGAGUAUUAAUAUGAAGUGGUAAUACUCAUCAUGACUGAAACUAUUUCAACACUUACUGCUCCCAUUUCCUUGUCAACAUAUCACCAAUUGAGUUUAACAGUGGAAUCAGCAAGCAUCAGAAACUCAGGACUAUUUAAACCUAAUCCUUAUUUACAAGUAACCAUUGAUGAUAAAAUAUCAAAAAAAACUGAAGUAAUAAAGAACACAUUACAUCCCAAAUGGAAAGAAGAGUUUACAAUAUUAGUCACACCUUUGUCACAGUUGUUGUUUCGAUUAGCAGAUCAUCAUAGUUUUAGAAAAGAUAAUAUUAUUGGAGAACAAAGAGUUAAUUUACUAAAAAUCCUACAAUAUUUUAAUGGAAAAUGUGAAAAUGUGGAGUUAACUUUAGAUAUGAUCAAAACAGCAUCACAAGAAAAUACACCUAAUUCAGCUGAAUCUAAAACAGCAGAAGUAGUUCUACUUUUUGACGGAUUAAGAAUUGAUCCUGCUACUUUACAUCAAUCUCAUGAAGCCCUUGGAGAAGUAACAAAUUCACGUAAUUCCAAUGAAGGUGUUCGUGCACGCAUUAGACGUAAUAACCCAGAAACGUUAAGAUCCAUGUUACGCACACCAAAUUUAAGGCCACCUCCUGGGCCUCCACCUUUGAGUAACGGGGGAGUGCACAUCCCCGGUAGUAACGCGGUCGUGGAUGUGCCGGGCGCGGCCGCUGGGCCUUCGCACCAGGAAGCGCCGGCACCGGAGCCCGCGCAUCCACCGCCCUCUGCUGCUUCAACCAGCACCCCUGAAGAACCCCUGCCGCCAGGCUGGGAAAUGCGAUACGAUGUCUAUGGUCGAAGGUACUACGUGGACCACAACACGCGGUCUACGUCGUGGGAGCGGCCGCAGCCGCUGCCGCCGGGCUGGGAGGUGCGGCGCGACGCCCGCGGCCGCGUGUACUAUGUGGACCACAACACGCGCACCACUACCUGGCAGCGGCCCGACACGGAGCGCUUGGCCCGCUUCCAGCACUGGCGCGGCGAGCGGCGCCACGUGGUCGCGCAGGGCAACCAGCGCUUCCUCUACCCGCAGACGCAGCCGCCCCCGCACGCGCAAGCCGAGCUCGAGCCCGACGCCGCACAGAUGCCGAUCGGCGUCGGUCCAGCGAGCUCGAUGGGCGGUGUCGGGGCGCCAGUGCCUGUGGGUGCGGUGGCGGGUGCGGUAGCGGGGGCGCCAGCGGGCGCGGGCGCGGCGGCGGCGGCGGCGGCCUUAGACGACGGGCUGGGCGCGCUGCCCUCCGGCUGGGAGCGGCGAGUGCAGCCCGACGGCCGCGUCUACUACGUCAAUCAUAAGAACCGCACCACGCAGUGGGAGGACCCGCGUACACAGGGUCAAGAAGUGAGCGCGCCAGAAGAGGCUCUUCCUCCAGGUUGGGAGAUAAGAUUCACAGAGGAGGGCACGAGAUACUUCGUGGACCACAACACGCGCACCACCACAUUCCAGGACCCCCGGCCCGGGGCGCCGAAAGGGCCCCAGGGCGCCUACGGGGUCCCCAGGGCGUACGAACGCUCCUUCCGAUGGAAACUUAGUCAAUUCCGAUAUCUGUGCCAGAGCAACGCAUUACCUAGCCACAUCAAAAUUACGCUGUCCAGACAGACCCUGUUCGAAGAUUCCUAUCAUCAGAUCAUGAGGUUACCAGCGUACGAGUUGCGUAGACGAUUGUAUAUAAUAUUUAGAGGAGAGGAAGGAUUGGAUUACGGCGGCGUCAGCAGAGAAUGGUUUUUCCUGCUGUCACAUGAAGUUUUGAACCCAAUGUACUGUCUAUUCGAGUACGCCAACAAAAACAACUACAGUUUACAGAUAAAUCCAGCUAGCUACGUGAAUCCGGAUCAUUUGCUGUAUUUCAAGUUUAUAGGGAGGUUCAUUGCGAUGGCUUUGUAUCAUGGCAGAUUCAUAUAUUCUGGAUUCACGAUGCCGUUUUACAAGAGAAUGUUGAACAAGAAGCUUACUAUGAAAGACAUAGAGAGUAUUGACCCCGAGUUCUAUAACUCGCUAGUGUGGAUCAAAGACAACAACAUAGACGAGUGUGGGCUUGAGAUGUGGUUCAGUGUGGACUUCGAAGUGCUCGGUCAGGUCAUACACCAUGAGCUGAAACCCGCCGGGGAUAAGGAGCGCGUAACCGAAGCAAACAAGGAACAAUAUCUUCAACUCGUUACACAAUGGCGAAUGACGCGCGGCAUCGAAGAACAAACGUCGGCGUUCCUCGACGGAUUCAAUGAGGUGGUGCCGCUAGAGUGGUUGAAGUACUUCGACGAGCGCGAGCUGGAACUGAUGCUGUGCGGCAUGCAGGAGGUAGAUGUGGAGGACUGGCAACGGAACACCAUCUACCGUCACUACACGCGCUCCAGCAAGCAGGUCGCGUGGUUCUGGCAGUUUGUUAGGCAAAUGGACAACGAAAAGCGGGCACGAUUACUCCAGUUCGUGACUGGUACCUGCAGAGUUCCCGUGGGGGGUUUUGCAGAAUUGAUGGGAUCUAAUGGACCUCAAAGGUUCUGCAUAGAAAAGGUCGGCAAAGACACGUGGUUGCCUCGCUCCCACACCUGUUUCAACAGACUUGACUUACCACCAUAUAAGAGUUAUGAACAACUAUGUGAAAAACUUAACUACGCUAUUGAAGAAACUGAAGGUUUUGGCCAAGAAUGAAAAUAUUAUAGAUAUCUACUAUUUAGCAUUAGUGAAAUAUGUAAAUUUAUUAGCACAUUCUACUGCACCACCUAAGUUUUUUCGCCAAUGGAAUUGGUGCUGUUAUAAAAAAGACCAACCAAAUAAUGUAUGAAUAUUUUGUUUUAAUUAAUUAAUAUUAUUAUGUAGAUAUGUUUAGUAUUCUGUCAGUGUAUAAGAAAUAUUUUGUUUGAACAAUAUUUAAUGAGAGUUCAUCUAUAAAGUUCAAUAAAUAAUUUGUAGUUUUUAUUGUAGUAGCAUAUAUAUCCCUUUAGCGAUAGUUGGGCUUAUACUUGCUUUUGUAUUUGACUUAAAUAUAGUUUGUUGAUAGUGAACUUAGAUAAUUUAUUAUCUAAUUCUCUAAUCUCUAUAUUUACUUGUGACGGUUUCUUGCUCCUGAUCCAAUUUAUGUAGUUUUACUGGACGAACAAGGUUGGUAUAUUUUUGCCUUGGUCCUCUACGAAUAUGGUUGAUGAAAUAUAGUACUACUAAAAAGCAUAUCUUAAAUUAUGUUACCUGAGACAGGGCAAAGUAUGAGAGUUGGUUCUAGAAACAAUACCGACACCGUUGUGGUAUUUCUUUGAAAUACCUCAGCUACACUUAAAAUCUGACCCGAUAGUUUUGGCGAAAAUUAUACUACAUUAUAUUUUACUAUCUUUUUUGCAUAAGUUGUCUAUGGCGGCUGUUAUUUCUGGAAGAUAUGUAUUAGGUACUAUUGUAUCAGGAUAUUUUUUG